UCCAUACUCUAGAGGAAUGUACAACAUAGUCAAGAAUCUCGAUUUAAACUUAUUUUGUCCGAACUGAACUUAACCAAGACCCAAAGGAACUCUCUUAUCUUGUACUUCUGGUUGACAGAACAAUACCAUACCAUGAACAACAAAAUGAAGACGAAGAAGAAGAUAAACCACCAGAUUCUCUAAACCCCACUUCCUCCAUUACCAAAGAUACCUUCUUCCCCAAUUUUUUAGGGUUUCUAAUUUAUCUUCGUAUAUUCUUUCUUUGUCUUCUCUUCCUUCCUUUAAUGGCGAUUUUCUCUCACUUCACUCUCUCCUCCACUUCUCCUUACCUCCAUUUUCUCUCUCCUCCCGCCAUUGUUGAACCUCACUUCAUCUUCAGCCCCCAAUUUCACCGCCUAAUUAUUCCUCCUUCUGCUCAUUCUAACCCUAAGCUUUUGAAGCCCAAUCGCCGCUCUCCGUUCGGCGACCCGCUUCCUGUGUACGAUUCUGAUGAAGAAGAAGAUGAUGAGGUGGAGGUUCUGGAAGAUUCGAAUUUGAUUUCUGGUGUUGUGAUUGAUAAUGUUGAUGAUGAUGAUGAUGGUGGUGUUCCUUGGUUGAAUGAUGAUGAUGAUGAAUUUGCAGAACCAGCAAACCUGAAUAGUGGUGAACAAAGAUCUAAAUUGUUGGCUGCUACCAAGCUGAGACCAGGAACCCGGAAAAAGACAAGUAAUGUGGGCACAAAAGCGGAUGGUAAAGGGAAGUUGGAAGGAAGGAAAGGUCCAAAGAAAAAAUAUCCACAGCUAGCAGAGGAAUUUAGACUUGAUACUAGAUGGAUUCCCCUUCUUGAUUAUCUGAGUACCUAUGGGAUGAAAGAGUCUCAUUUUGUUCAGAUGUACAGAAGGCACACAAAUGCUUUUCAUAUUAAUGUUUUUUCUGCACGGGAAAGGUUGGAAUACUUGAUGAAUGUUGGCGUCAAACAAAACGACAUCAAAAAGAUACUAUUAAGGCAACCUCAACUUCUUGGGUAUACUGUGGAUAGCAAUAUGAAGUCCCAUGUGGCAUUUCUGGUGGAUUUAGAUAUUCCUGAAUCCAAGAUAGGGCAAGUAAUCACUGUUGCUCCAUCUAUCUUUUCAUAUAGUGUUGAAAAUUCCCUGAAGCCCACUGUAAGAUACUUGAUUGAAGAGGUUGGGAUCAAGAAAAGUGAUUUGGGCAAAGUUGUGACUUUGAGUCCUCAAAUUCUUGUUCAGCGGGUUGACAUCUCUUGGAAUGACCGCUAUGAUUUCCUUUCAGAAGAGCUGGGUGCACCUAAAGAAAGUAUUGUGAAAAUGGUUACUAAACAUCCCCAGCUUCUUCAUUACAGCAUUGAAGAUGGAUUAUUGCCCCGGAUCAAUUUUCUGAGGAGCAUUGGCAUGCAAGAUCCUGAAAUCUUGAAAGUCUUGACUAGCAUCACACAGGUACUUUCUCUGUCACUGGAGCGAAAUCUUAAGCCGAAGUAUAAGUAUCUAGUUAAUGAACUUCAAAAUGAAGUUCGAUCCUUAACGAAAUAUCCCACAUACCUUAGCUUAUCACUGGAACAGAGAAUUCGUCCUCGGCAUAGAUUUUUGGUUUACCUGAACAAAGCACCAGAGGGACCUUUUCCUCUGAGAUCUUUGGUUCCGACUGAUGAAUCCUUCUGUCAGCAGUGGGCAGGUACUAGUGUGGAUAAGUAUAUAGCGUUCAGGCAAGGCAUGAUGCUCAAAGAGUUUGCAAAGAAAUAUGAAAAGCAAGGUUGAAUUGGGUAGUUUUAACGUAAAUGGGACUAACCAUAUUGUUGAGCUUUCUCAUCAUGACACUGAUUUUGAAGACGUGUAUAGUCAAAUUUUGGGUACAUACUAUUUUCAUAAACUAAUGGAAUUACACUGAUUCCCGACUUGUUUAUAUUUGUAUUGAAAUAGACUGAAGGCAACUUUGUUGCUCCUGUGAUCUCCAAGCAAACUGUGGUAUUGCUAGGUCCAUUUUUCGAGGUUAAUACUAUCAAGGUCUUAAUUGUCUUGAGUUCAGCUGUAAUCACAACAGUGCACACAAUCAAUACAUAGUUAUCAUACAAAUGUCUUUUUUUGGGCUCAUGAGUACUCUUUAACAGCAGCAGCAGAUUGUAAAUUUUGCUGAAAAUCGUCAUAACAUGUCAAUGGUAAAUUGGUGAUUUUGUUUCAUCAGAAAGCUUAUGCGCAUGUUGUUUGUCACUACACAUCAUAUAUCUGUAAGUUGUAACAUAGAAGUUCACAGCAUUUUGUUGAACACAACAAGCAAUAGUUGUGUAGUUGAAUUAGAGAAACAAUAUGGUGUAUACUACUGUAUGUUGUAGUGUUAUACCAACAAAACGA